CAUUGCCGCCUGCUGCGCUGGAUGUGACACAAAAACAGGUGACAGUAAACCGUGAAUGAAAAGACUGAGCGAGGACGAGGGUGUAAUAAAACUUUAGCGGGAUUAUGCGUGGUUAGAAGUGGGGUGAAGAAGAAGAAAUCUCGGGCAGGGUUAAUAGAGAAAAUAUGUCCAGAAGAUGGCAACAUCUGCGCCCGGAGCACAGCAGCGAAGAAGAAGAAGAGUGACGGUGACUGCUAACCUUGUUUACAUCCGCUGACAGCGAGAAGACUUCGGUGCAAUGCGAUCUCGCCUGCGCUGGGUGCUGUGGGAUGUGAAGGACACCCUGCUGAAGGUGCGUGCGUCUGUGGGAGAGCAGUACUGCAAGGAGGCUGAAAGACUGGGCUUGAACGUCAGUCCUGCGGAGGUCGAAGCUGCUUUCCACCAUGCGUAUCGACAUUACUCCAGCAGAUACCCAAACUAUGGCAUCGCACAGGGCAUGGAUGGACGGUCUUGGUGGAUGGGGGUGGUGAAGAACACUUUCUCCCGGUGCAGAGUACAGGACCCAGCCGUGCUGAAUACGAUGGCUCACAACCUUUAUCAUAACUUCUGCAAUGCAGAGAACUGGGAGGUAUUUCCAGACUCACACAAGGCCCUGGAGAGUUGUUCCUCUCUAGGACUGAAGCUGGGUGUGGUGUCAAACUUUGAUAGCCGCCUGGAAGAGAUUUUACGUGCUUGUGGCCUGCUGUCUCACUUCAGCUUUUUGAUAACGUCAGAGGAAGCAGGUAUAGCAAAGCCGAGUCCAGCCAUCUUUGAUCAGGCACUGCAGAAAUGUGGCGUACCAGCUGCUACUGUAGCUCACAUCGGGGACCACUACGUGAAAGAUUACCUCACCUCUCGAUCCGUGGGCAUCCACGGGUUCCUAUUAGACAGACACAACAAACAUAAACAAUGGGACAUUCCUCAAGAGCAUCGGCUCAGCUCCCUGGAGGAGCUGCCGUCACAGCUUCAGCAGCACAUGGACUAAUGCCAAACAGUCAUGAGCUCAAGUGCAAAGCUACUCAGCUACUUAGGUCUGUGGUUCAGCUAAGGAAGUAACUUCUGUGAUGUAGCCAAGUCUACAGAAUAAAAUAAAUAAAUAAAUUCUGAGCAAUAAAAAUCAAAAAACAAAAAAUAUAUAUCUCAGUAAGGUGUCAGGCCACCCUCUCUGGAACGGUUUAGCGGUCUUUGAGAGCAUCGUCACAUGAUGGUUUGACGUCGGGUGAAGACUAUAGCAUAUGAUUCACAUCAUUCAAACAUUUAGUGACGCUCUUGUGCUACAUGUUGUGUUGGAAGAAAACAGACCACUUCCAUCAGGAUAGAAAUGUUUUAACCACCUGCUUCUGAAGACGAUACAUGAAUCAGAACCAUCCCAUUAAAAUGCCUAUUCUAUAAAAGCGUUUGUCCCCUCAUUCAUUCAGGAUCUUACUUUUUAUUGAGGGGAGGGAGAUAUGCAACAAAGCUCAGCCAGACUUUCCCAGAACCUUCUUUUAAUUUGUCACCCAUCUGUGCACGUCUAACCUUCCAUAACUGACAGCUGGUGCAGUUAAAGAGGGGGACACUGUGGCUGCAUUCCUGUCCACUUUUUCCUUUUAAAAAGGUCUUAAAUGAUUCAGUUUUUUGUGUGUGUUAGAUGUGCAGAGGUGACCCCGCAACAUACAGAUUCACCAUUAUUCAUUCAGAUCCUUGCUUGAGAUCAUUAAGUUUCCUGUGUUUACACUGUUUGCUUGUCAUCAUUAAUGGCUUAAAGGCAGCACGGAAGAUAUUAAACCAACAACUUUAAGUAUACGUUAAAGUCACUCUUAAAACAGUCCACAUGUUCAGACAGGUUUUGGCUGCUGUAAUUGUUUCUCCUGUGAGUACUGGCCCUGGAAACAUCCCUUCUUGAUAUGAUUGUAAUUUAAAGAACAUUUAUAAUAUAUUCAGCAAACAAACACGGUCCAGGUGAAACACAAAGAAAGAGUUUUAUACUCAGGCUGAAAGUUUGGACAGUACCAACGUGAUUUGUCUAUUUUUUUACAAAGAGUAAGGACUGUGGAUUUUGUCUCCAACACAUUGUAAUCGCAUUAGAUAGUGAUAAUAUCAAAGCCUUAAAUAACUCUUGUGAUGUUCAUACUGUAUGGGCAUGUGAAUAUUAGGAGAUAUUAGAAGAUACUAAAAAAUGUGAGUCUAUCCUUCAAGUCAGAUGGAUGAAGGUGAGACAGAAAGGAUCGAACCAUGUAAAUCAUCGACUUAUGAACAUGAAUUUGAACAUCGUG